AUGAAGUCUCUUUCUCUUCUCCCCCUGCUCUUCGCAGCCGGCCUCAGCUUGCCCCAGGGCACGUCACCCUCUUCCCUUGUCCUCCGUGCUGGUGACAAGCACCAUGCUACCACCGUCACUCCUGGAACCAUCAAGGACGUCAAGGUGACCAAGUUCAACACCUUGAACGGAACUCAUGUCGAAGCCGGCACCGUGUCCCACAACGCCUUCAGUGCCAAUGCUGGUCCUCUUCGCAUUGAUCUCGUCAACAACAUUGGCGGAUCCGAUCAGGGCUAUGCCUACAUUGUCGGCAAGGACUCGUCCAACCGCAUUGCCUUUGUCCGCGAGGAUGGUCGCCUCAACUACGUGACCGCUGGCGCUGAUGGCACCCUGAAGCCUGUUGCUGAUGACGCCGGAAUCGUCUUGGGCGCUCCGGGAGCUACCAAGGGCGUCACGCUUACCCAGACUCUCACCUCUGCUAGAGUCUACUUCUCUGCUGGUAAACUCCAAUUCUUUGUCCAGCGAGAUGCGUCCACUGGCCAGGACGCCCUUGUCCAGCCUGACCCUGGAAACAAGUCCGACCCCAACGCUGCCAUUAACUGGGGCUUUGUUGAGUUUACACACACCGACGACGGCCAGGUCUAUGCCAACCUCAGCUUUGUCGACUUUGUCGGCCUGCCUGCUAGCAUGAAGCUCACCUCGGCUGAUAAGCCCGAGCAACUCGUCCAGGCUAUGCCCCGUGGCAGCUUGGGCUCUCUCCAAGGCGCGAUUCAGAGUGCCGAGGCCUCAGACAAGGUCGGCUGGACCAAUCUCAUUUACCAGCUUGACGGCAAGGUUGUCCGCAUCGUCUCCCCCAACAUCUACAACCAGCAGGACCCAACCGUCUUCGCCACCUACUUUGAUGAAUAUGUCACCAGGGUCUGGAACGGCCUUCGCUUCGAGCCUGGUCUGACUGUCGACUCGCAAGGCACUGAUGGCAAGAUCAAGUGCAAGGUUUCCAACGACGUCCUUGAGUGUGAUAAGGGCCUCAAGUACAAGAAGCCCACCUCUGCUGAUAUCUUCAGCUGCAAUACCGGCCCCUUUGCUCCUAGUGGCAACGACUUACGCCAGAAUGUCGGUGCCCGCCUCUGUGCUGCCUUUGUCCGUACUACCUUCAAUGUUGCCGGUGGCAAGGUUCAGCCCGGCCCCGAUGCCUCCAAGUAUUACACUGAGAAGCGAACCCACUACUACGCCAAGUCGAUCCAUGACAUUGAGGUUGACGGCAAGGGCUACGCUUUCCAGUACGAUGAUGUCCAUCCUACUGGUGGUGUUGACGCUUCUGGCACUGUCCAGGCUAGCCAGCCCCAGGUCCUCACUUUCUACGCUGGUGGCAUCUAA